CUACACGUAGGCUACUGGGACCAGGGUAGUAUCCAUGUCACGUUUUAUUCGACCACGUGACAGGGUUAAGGGGUCAUAAAAGUUGCGUUUUGUCGCGGAACAAUUUUUUAAGAAGUAAACGGGCAAGGUAUAUCUCUUGUAUUAAACCAGCACAAUCACCGACCAGAUCACGAUGGAGAUCAGUUUCAAGGGCAAAAGAGCUCUUGUAACAGGAGCUGGUAAAGGUAUCGGUCGUGGUGUCGCUAAAGCACUGGUGAGGUGUGGAGCGGAGGUGGUGGCAAUAUCAAGAACAAAGGCGGAUCUGGACUCACUAAGAGAUGAGGUGCCGUCAAUUCAGGCCGUGUGCGACGAUGUUGCUGACAUUGAGAAAAUGCAGAAACUGAUCGAGAGCCAGGAGACUUUUGAUCUUCUUGUCAACAAUGCGGGUUUUGCCAUCUUCGAGAGUUUUCUUGAAAUAAAACCUGAGAGUUUUGACAGAAUGCACGAAACUAACGUAAGAGCGCCUCUAUUUAUUGCUCAGGCGGUAGCCAAGAAGAUGGUCGCUAAGGGAGAAGGCGGUGCGAUCGUCAACGUCAGCAGCGUAUUCACAGAGCUUCAUCUUCCAAAUUCUAUCUCACUUGUAAGUAAUAAAGCUGCAAUGGACAGGAUGACGAAAGGCAUGGCAAUGGAGCUUGGACAUUACAAGAUCCGAGUGAAUACAGUUAACCCAACUGUCGUAUGGACUGAUGCGGCGAAAAAAGCCUUUGGAACUAGGGAAGGGUGCAAGAUGUUUGAGGAAAAGUGUCCUUUGGGACGUAUUGCAGAAGUAGAAGAUUGUGAAAACGCAAUCUUGUUUUUGCUGAGCGACAAGGCUGCCAUGGUGACAGGAACUCAUUUUAAGAUUGACGGCGGGGGUUUCUUGUCAUGAUCAUGUAAUGACGUCACAUGAAUGGUAAUGGUCUCAUAAUUAUGUAGUAACAAAAUCUGAUCAAAGUAGAAUGUUUGCAUUAAAAGUUUAUUUUUCUUUAAA